UUGGUCGAAUGUGCCAUCAGUCAUAUGACCUACAAGCCCACUGGCUCAGGUCUCUUUGCUAGAACAGAUUAACUGAUGUGCUUGCUUUGAAGGAAUUGAAUCAUUUCUCCAUGGAAAGACAAAUCCCUUAUAGCUUUUUACUCGUUGUUUUAUCUUUAGGAUUUUCACUGUCCAAGGACCAAAUGUUUGUAAGCAUGGAUGCAAGUUCACGAAUGUUUUCAAACCAAGACCUGGUCCUCAGAAAUGAUCAACAGAUGGAUGGAGAUGUGAAGAAAAAUCUGAGUUUUAAGACCUCUCCAGCUUCCCAGGUCAUCUAUUCUGAAUUUAGCCAGAAAGAAAAUUCAGAAAGAGAACUGUGGAAAGCCUUCAGCCAGAGCCACCAGAGCCCUUUAAAUGUAUCAGUGAAUGGAAGUUUGUGUAUUCUCUUCUGGGCUAAAAGAAUAACAGUUCAAUUCAAAAAUCAGACUCAGUUGGAUCUGACGGAUAAAACAUUUGGCAAUCAGGCCACCGUGGAUGUCAGAGAAUCAAACUGCAGUGAGGAAAAUGCCAUGCUUUCUCUUAAGUUUGGUGAUGUUGACAACCUAAAGGGGCUUGACAUCAGGUUCUCCUUGACCAGUUAUAACAAGUUGCCUGUACAAAGUUGGUUUAGUUUACACAGGAUUCAGAUUCUUUACAACAAUUCAAUCCAAGCAACUUUCAAUGCAACCCGAAUAUACGCUCCAUCAAGCUAUUCCUUUCACUGUGAACGCGUCAGCAGCCUACAGAAGUAUGACCCCAUCUUGAUACCCAGCUCCACGAAUGAUGCCUCCAGGCUGUGGGAAGUCACUUUUAUCGAUUUUCAGAUUCAAGGCUUUCACAUCAAAGAGGGUCAGUUUGCCUACACUAAAGACUGUGCAUCCUUUUUCUCCCCGGCUAUUCUGAUGGGCCUGGCCACCUCCCUACUCCUACUCUUGGUUCUGGCCUAUGCCCUCCACAUGCUGAUUCACCUCAAGUCUCUUGACAGGCACUAUGAGUGUAAAGCUUCUCCUGCUUACUUCUCCCCCUUGAAAGAUCUCACCAGAGCAGAGGAGAAAGAGCCCCUGAGAAGCUACAGCAAUGAAUACUAUGAGCUUCAAAGCCAACAGUUCGGUCAACUUUAUAUUUAGCCAUGUAUGUCUGCCUUCGGGCCGUAAUAGGCUGUGGAUUUUGUUCUUGUCGUUCUGUGAUGUUUGGCUUGUAAAUUAGUUAAAGGUUUUCAGCAAAUGACUUGAUUUAAAAAGGAAAAAAAAAAGCAGAACGGAUUGCUUGGUUGUGCUGCUUAGUCAUGAACUGGCCUCUUGAGAGGCAGUCAGAGCAGUAGAAAAACAUUCCAUUGAGUCAGGAGAAAUGAAGGGUUCGGCCCAAAGUUAGCUUGAAAGGAACAGAAGGCGAAUGCACAUGUUUAGAACUUGAGCGAGGGAGCAAACAGCCACGAAAGAGAUACAUGGGCUAGACAGGGCGGCUGCCGCUGUUGCUGUCCUUAGAUUUCCAAGCACCUCCCCUGACUUGGUUUGAAGCCCCGGAGAGCAGUCUGUCGGGAUGUUUGUCUCAACACUUUGGCCAGAACUGCAUCGACUGGAAGGCAAGAUCCAAGUUCAUGGACAAGAUUGCUCACCCAGUCAUGAUGCUUCCUGGAAACCACCUGGGGAGAGUUUCAAGCCAUAAAUUUUGGUCUCAGAGUUGGCUAUGGUUUGGUAUCUGCCUGAUAUUUCCGUAUUUGGUUGUAUACCUUCCCUUAAAUCACGCACCCUUUAUAUCACUUUAUAAAUUGUAUUUCCUUCCCAGUAUAAGCAGGAAAUAUAUUGCUAAACUGCCCCCUGCACCCGGCCUCCACAACGGCAUGGACGGUUGGACCGGACUAGGUUUGAUCCAUUUCCCAUGACAGAGAUGUAAAGUGCAGUAGAGCUGUCCUGUUCAAUUAAUUCCUUGCAACCAUGCUGGAAAAUGCAACUAGGGGCUGGCACAACAGAUCACCUCUGAUCCACCAGGAAUUACUUCCAACUCAACAGCCACAAGCAUCAUCUAAAGUCAUAGAGAAAUCAUGCAACAGUGAUGAUUACAUGGAUGACCUCAUCCUAGAGGCAGAUGUCCAAGAAUCCCUGCAAAUGAUUGUGAACACCGUUGCAGGGUCAACUCGGUGCUAUGGACUCACAAUAAGUCCAAAGAAGAACAAGGUAACAAAUCAGCCUGCAUCUGGAAAACAGCAUACACAAUCAAAUGUAUUCGUGAGCAACAUGGAAUAAAAUACCAUCACAGGAUUAUGUUUCUUAGGCAGCAACUGUCUGAUGAUGCACUGAUCGAUAGGGAAUAGAAAACUAAAUAAAAAUGGCCAGAUGUCCUCUGGGGGGUGGGGGUGGGGGGUGCUAUGUGAGCAAGGGAACAAAGUAUUAUCAGGCUUCAGAUCAAAUGAAGCUGUGGUGCUGUCUGACACUCUCUGUGAUUUCAAGUCAUUUGGUCACUAGGGACGGGGGAAGGGAAGCCUCACAUGCUUCUUUAUCUUUCUGCUGUAGCUGUCGGAGUGGAAGAUCAUCUGGACGGGUGAGUGUGAAUUAGAGUGUGUAUGUUUGACUCCAAGUGCUUAGUACCUUGCUCUGCACAUAGUAAGGACCCAAUAAAUGCUAUUGAUUGGUUGACUCU